GUUCUCGCCGAGCAGCUCCUCGCUCGUGGUGCCAAUAUGUUGAUGAGCACCGGGAAAGCAGACGAUGCUGCUGGAGAGACGGAAGAGCACUUCCUGGAAUGGAAACAAACGGUCUUCCAACUCUUUCGCACUACUCUCAACUACCAGCAGCAACAAGUCCGCUACGAGCCGGCAUUGGAGGUCCGAGAAGACGAAUUGAUUCCAGCAGGCGAACUGUGGUCUGGGAUCCCCUACGUCCCCAAGGCAUUCUCGACGCAAUCGAAAGUCGCUCCCCUUCCAAUUGUAAGUUGCCACGACCUACUACAAGGCUCACCCGAUCGCAUGUGCCUUCACAUCGAGCUGGACACGACGCAACAUCCGAACCUGAAGUACAAGACGGGAGAUCAUCUAGUUGUCUGGCCGAUCAAUCCAACUCAAGAGAUACAGCUCUUGCUAAGCGCUCUUGGCUUGGAGAGAAGACGAAUGACUCCAAUCCGCAUCAAAGCCUUGGGCUCAUUCAGCCGCCCUAUCCCCAGCCCGACGACACUCGAGGCAGUUUUCCAGGAAUAUCUCGAGAUCUGCGCGCCGGUCCCGCGAGAGAGCAUCGAAGCACUCAUCGCGUACGCUCCAACAGCCGCGGCACGCACAUUCCUUGAAUCGGUCAGCUGCGACAAAACCUCGUACGCCGCGUACAUGAGAUCACAAUACCUCAACUUGGGCCGUUUGUUCGAAGCAGCAUGUCCAGCCCCAGGAGCUUGGACAUCUGUGCCUCUUUCGCUGGUCAUCGAAAUGCUACCCGCAAUGCGACCGCGCUCCUACUCCAUCUCAUCGUCAUCCGUCGUGAGCCCACGGAAAAUCUCCAUCACCGUCGCCGUAUCCGAUACGACCAGUGUCGACUCGCCGGAUCGUGUCAUCGGCCUUGCUACGAAUUACCUCCUGAACGCCAACGGCGGCUCGCACCCGAAGGCGUUGACCUACUCCAAACUGUUGGAGAAUGGCCAAGUCUACGCAGCAGUCCGCAAGUCGACGUUCAAAUUGCCGCUAUCUUCCUCCGCACCAGUCGUCAUGGUCGGCGCCGGUACAGGCGUAGCACCCUUCCGCGCAUUCGUGCAAGAGCGAGCUCGGUUAAAGUCCGUGAGAAGGGAAGUCGGGCCAACAAGACUCUUCUUCGGGUGCAGAGAUCGCUCGCAGGAUUUAAUCUACGACGAAGACUUUUCCCGUUGGAAGGGAGAUAUGGGUGACUGCUUUUCGAUGACGACUGCUUUCUCGCGACCCAAGGAUGGCGGUGAGAAGCAGUACGUCCAGGAUGCCAUUUUGACUGACGCGGAGGCUGUCUGUAAGCUGCUGGUGGAGGAGAAUGCGUACUUCUAUAUCUGUGGCUCAGCGGCGAUGGCGAGGGAUGUUUCUGCGGCGGCGACGGCUAUUAUCAUGAAGGCGCAGGGUUGGGAUGAGACGAAGAUGAAGGAGUUUGCGGAUCGACAGAAGAGGCAGAAGAGGUGGUUGCAGGAUGUUUGGGGUUAAAAUAGUUAUGGAUAGAUGGCCC